AUGGCGCCGCGAACUCGUGAAGAGCUUCUGGCUUACGGGGUGCCCGAUCCCCUUUUUGAGGCCGAGCUUGCGGCCAACCCGUUGCGAGACCCCCAACCGGACGACCCGUACUACGGCCGGAACGACCUCAUCGCAAAGCGGGAGCACCGGGCCACGCGCCUGCGCGAGUUUCGCCACCUGCGCUACCUCCCGGGGCGCAUCCCGGGGCGCAUCUCGGACCAGGUCCGCGAGGAGGAUCGCAAGAUCCCCGCCAGAGAUGGUCACGAACUCACCAUCCGGGUCUACACCCCCGUGGACGCUCCUCCACCCGAGGGAGGUCGCCCGCUCGUUGUCAUGUACCAUGAAGGCGGCUGGUGGUCGGGCGAUCUAUCGGAUGAGGAGGUGAACUGCCAGCUCUUCAGUCGUGACCUGGGCGCGAUUGCUGGGAACGCCUCGAGCCUGGGCGCGAACCCUUCCCGCGGCUUCAUCAUCGGCGGCGGCUCAGAAGGCGGCAACAUCACCGCCGUUCUUGCUCACCUCGCCCGCGACAGCGAGCUCUCCCCGCCGCUAACCGGGCAGUACCUCUGCGUGCCAGCCAUCAUGUGCAUGCUGCCUCCCGAGGCCAUUCCGGAACAGUACCGUGCCGAGUACCUCAGCCAUCCCUCGGUAGUCCCCUCGCAGGACCCCGUCUCAGGCGCUCUUGCCAGCGACGGAGGCGCCGCCUUGCAGAGCAUCGUGAAGCCGGACAUGCAGAGCCCGCUCUUCGUACCCUUCCGAUUCGGGGAGGUCGGGCAGGGGCAUAAGGGCCUGCCGCCCGCCUACAUCCAGGUGGCAGGGCUGGAUCCCGUACGGGACGAGGGCCUCAUCUACGAGCGCAUGUUGAGAGAGGAGGCGGGCGUCGCGACCAAGCUGGACAUCUACCCUGGCCUCCCGCAUUACUUCUGGACAAACUUCCCGCGGCUCGAGAAGAGCAGGCAGUUAGUGGAAGAUACUGUGGAAGGUAUCCGUUGGCUGCUAGAGCAGAAGUAG